AUGAAUAGCCACCAGGUCCUCGUUCCGACUGUCUUGACUGGCGUAAAUUGGUCCAACUCAACCUGUUCCAAUCUGGUCGACGCCUGUCUCGACAUGGGAGACUUAAACGAAUAUCGCAUCACCCGAGUCGCGGAAGUUCUUUCAGACUUUCGAGAUCUCCAAUAUCGCAUCACGUCCGCCAACACCAAUUGCCCCAGUCAAACAGAGUACUACACACCAGCAUGGAACAUGUUGCGUCAAUGCCUGGCAGACGCAAAGUUUAUUCUCGACUGUUCUGCCGAUGUGUCUUUACCAGUUGGUCGAAACGAGCACGAGCAAAAGAAACUCGAGCUGCAACAUGUUUUGCUCGAUGCGUACGCUCGUCGACACGAAGCCCAGAAAAUCUACCUACGUCAAAUGGCAGCUCAACGAUGUACAAGGGCCCGAAAGCAAAUACUCGAUUCCGCCGGAUAUUUCCCUCAGUCGAAUGAGGCGCAUUUACACACUUGCGAUGUUCAGCUGCAGCAGGAGGUGCAACAGAUUACAGACGAGUUUGUCUACUUGGACAUGUUGAGCGGUGACCAGAGACUUGGUCGUUGGACGGUUGAGGACCCUGGCCUAUACGACCUUCUCAACUGGUUGAGUACCCGCUCCUAA